AUGAAUAAAAAUAAUAUAUUAUUAACUGAUAUUGGUCAACGAAUUCUUUUUGGUAUAUGUGUAAUUCUUUUUCUAUUGAUAAUUCUAUUUGUUUUUGGUAAAAUUCAAUUUAUUAUCUUUAUUCUACUGAUUAUAAUUAGUUAUAAAUUAACUGAUUAUUAUGUAUUAUCAUUAAAUAAAUCUCCAAAAUAUUGGCCAAAUUUACUCAUAUUUUUUGAACCAACAAAAGAUUUAGAAAAAGAACUGAUAAAAAAACAGAUUACAAAUAGUCAUUAUACACAGAAAAAUCCAUGGAUUCAUUUAAUGCUAUCAAAACGAAUUGAUGCAGCAAUAGAUGAAUUUUGUUGUUUAUGUCUUAGAGAUCAUGUAUAUCCAUGGUUAUCAUUAAUUACUCAUGAUGAUAGUGUAGUUUAUGAAACAAAAUAUGUCUUUCGAUUUUUUUUGGCAACAGUUAUUCGUCGAAUACAAAAUGUUAAUAUCAAUGUAUUCGUUCUUGAACGUCUACUUCCAUUAAUUUUUCAAACAUUAGAUCGUUAUAUUCAAAUGAUUAAAAUUGAAUCUCUUAAUGAAUCUCAAUUUUCAAAUGAUUUUCUCAAAAAAAUGUUUAAAAAUGAUCUUCACAUAGCAAUGUAUAAUCGUCAAUCGGAAAUAAAAUAUUUAAAACGUCUUAUACUUGAUUUAAUGCCAAUAAUAACACCAAAAUUUGUAUAUGAAUGUAAAGGAUCUCGUCAUUUUUUAAGUGAAUUAAUUGCCUGUCAAAUUCUUAUCGAUGGUAUUGAUGCUAUAUGUGAACCUAAUACAGUGAAUCGUUUAUUUCAUCUUUAUUUUAUAACGGCUAUUCAACGUCGAAAUUCACCUUCGAAUAUAAUUGUAAAUCCAACAGAUUCAUCAGUUGAAUUAUUAACACAUUUUUGUACAAUGAAUGGACCUAUACAUAAAAAUAAAUUAUCUUUACAAUUAACUGAUGUUAUGUAUGAAAAAGAAUUAUUAAGUCAAUUUAGUCGUGUACUUGAUCGUCAUGGUUCAGUUGGUUUAUUAAGUAUUUAUAUAACAUUAUCUGAUAUAUUAAAUGAUAUUCCAUCAGCAUCAAAUAUAUUAGUACGAAAAAAAAUUCAUCGACGUUUAAAAAAUAUUGAUGAACGUUAUCUUAAUAGAAAAAAUUCUGAUGGUUAUGUAAGCAUUAAUAAUCCAUAUGAUUUAAAUGAUACGUUAAUAAAUGAUAUAAAAGAUUUAAUAUAUAAUCAUUUAGAAGAAAGUGUUAAUGAUGAAAAUAUUGAAAAUAAGUCAGAUAAUUUAAAUCAAAUAUUUGAUAUGCAACAUACAUUUUCAUUAUUAUCUCGAUUUCAUUGUAAAAUUUAUGAAUUAGUUGAAGAAAAAUAUCAACGAUGUUUUUUAACAAGUGAUGAACAUUUUCUUUAUAUGUGUGGAAGAAGAAUGGAUUCACCAGAUUAUAAAAUUAUUGAAAAAAAAAAUGCUAAUGGAAAUACACAGAAACGUAAUGUAUCAAGACAUUAUACAACAACAUCAUACAAAGAAUUGGAAGAAAAAGAUGAAGUAAAUAGAAAAUAUCCAGAAGAUACAACAAGUAUUGGUAGUAAUAGUUCUAUUGAUGAAAGAGAUUUAAAUACAUGGCGUAUUCGUAUUAGUGGUAUUAAAGAAUUACAAGAUAAUAUACAUUCUCAUACAAAAUAUUUUGUAUUUAUAAUUGAAAUACGACGAUUAGAUGGUAAUAAUGAAAAUUCAUUAAUUAAUGAUGAUGAAAAAGCUCAUUGGAUUAUAACAAGACGUUAUCAAGAUUUUUAUUUAUUAGAACAAAAAUUAAUUCAAUUUCAUGGAGUUUUUUCUGAUGCACGUUUACCACCAAAACGAUCGACAACAUUUGUUCGAAAUCGAGAAUUUCUUGAAUCAAUUAAAAAAGAUUUUGAUAAUUUUUUAAGACAUUUAUUAACUAAACCAACAUUACGUAAUAGUGAAUUAUUAUAUAAUUUUCUUACACAACCUGAUGAUUUUACUUUACCAAAUGGUGAAGAUGUUUUAGCAAAAAUGUUUCGAGUUGUACCACGUCGUUUACGUACUGAGAAAGGUCAAUAUCUUGAUCCAUUUCUUGUAUCAUUAAUCAAUUAUGCUGAACCAGCAAAACCAAAAGUAACACAACCAAGUCCAAUUUUUAAUGAUAUUAUCGAAGCAAAACUUGCAAAUUCAAUCUAUGGAAAUAAUGCAAAUGUAACAAAUCCUAUAGAAGAAUUUAUAACAGAAGACAAAUCAACUACUCAUGAACUUGAUAGUGUUUAUGAUCAUUUAAUUGUUGUUGCAAAAGAAAUCUUUUCUGCAUCACCUUUAUUAAUUUAUCUAUUAGAUUUACUUCGUAUACCAUUAAAAAAUUCGUUUAAUACAUUUUUUUCACAAUUUAUUGAUGAUAAUGUUGAUGAAAUUAUAAAUGAUGAAGAGAAUAUUAUUGAUGUAAUUCAUGCUCUUCGAGAUGUAGUUUUUCCAAAUGAUGUAGAAGAUAAAAGUCCAACAGAUUUAGUAAAUUGUGAUGAUGUUGUUGCAGCAGCUGAAGAAUUUUUACCAAAAGUAAUCAAAUUUGUACUUGGUAAAACAAAUAUUCAAAAUGGUUUAGAAAUAAUUUUUCGAUAUUUUCAAGAUCCAUUACUUAAUAAACAAUUAUUUUAUAUGCUUCUCGAUGAAAUUCUCUUACAAGUUUUUCCUGAAUUACAAGCACAUUUUGAUAAAACAAAAAUUCGUGUAUUAUAA